UGGUGCUGCAAAGCUACCGAGUGACGGCGACGGACGGCUCGGCCCCGCUGGGCCAGACCGCCGUGCUCACGUGCCACGUGCCCGACCACGUGCGCGCCACCGUGCGCGUGAUCUCGUGGGGCGUCCAGGGCCGUGUCAACGUCUACCCUACUCUGCUCGGAGACGACAAAUACCACAUGCUGCCGUCUGGGGAGCUGCUGGUGCGUGACGUCACCAGUGAUGACGUCACCGACCGAUUUCUGUGUCGCACGGUGCAUCUGCUGACGGACCAGCACGUCACCAGCGAGCCGUCAGCCAGGGUCGUCAUCCGAGAGCGGACGCCGUCACCGGGGGGCAUCCUCCCAGUGAUCGUGGCCUCGUCCUCGGCUCUGCACGUGCGGGCGGGAGACGACGCUGUCCUCUUCUGUGUGGCCCAGUCAGACGAACGCACCCCGCCCCGAGUCAGCUGGACUCGUGACGUGACUGGUCGGCCGGAGCCAGUGCCUGCGCCGGUGACCGGUCACGGUGACGUCACAGCCUCAGGUCACGUGCUCGCAAUCCGCUCAGCAAGGCCGCGUCAUGCCGGCUGGUAUCACUGCAGGGCGGACGGUGGCAACGGUCACGUGACUGAAAAACUACGGCUCCAUGUGCAGGUAACGCCUACUGUCAGCGUCUCGCCUGAGCGCCUGACCGUCAAUCGGGGAAGCUCAUUCAGUCUGAGCUGCUGGGCGCCCCAGCCCUCACAGCUGCACUGGCUCAAAGACGGCGUACGGCUGAACCCGGGCCGGCUCCUCAGCAUCACACACGAUUCGACCGAUGACCGCGUGCUCUCGCGGCUGGAGGGCAGUGAGAUGCGGCUGGUGGCUCAGGGGAUGUAUCAGUGCAUGGCGUCCGAUCAGCUGGACUCGGCCCAGGCCGCUGCCCAGGUGCUGCUCGGAGACUCUCAGCCGGUGCUGGUGGAACGGUUCAUCAACCACACAGUGCAGCCGCACUCGGCCGUGUCUCUGCGGUGUGUGGCCAACGCCUCGCCCACGCCGCAGAUCACCUGGCUGCUGGACGGUUACCCGCUGACUGCGGAUCACAGACGGCUGAUUGGUCAAUACGUCAGCGUCAACAAUGACGUCAUCAGUCACGUGAACGUGAGUGGUGUGCUGCCGGCGGACGGUGGCUGGGUCACGUGCCGGGCGUCCAACCGGUUCGGCAGUGCCACCCACACGGCCCGACUGAAUGUCUACGGGGAUCCCCACGUCAGGGAGAUGCCCGAGGUACUGGCCGUGGCCGGAGAGCCGCUGCUGCUGACGUGUUCGGUCGGAGGGUACCCGAUUCUGGAGAUCACCUGGAGCAGAGGAGGUCGGCGUCUGCCGUCAGACCGUCAGCAGCACCUGUUCUCAAACGGCUCCCUUCUGCUGGAGCGCGUGGACCAGGAUAGCGGUGGACAGUACACCUGUACCGGCCGAGGGCCCGGUGACGCCUCCUCCACCGGGCAUCUCACCGUCACCGUCAUCGUUCCGCCGGCGAUCCGGCCGUUCCUGCUGGGGAACUACUCGGUCGGGGAGCGUGUCCAGGUGCUCUGCUUCAUCCAGAGCGGGGACGGCCCGCUGACGCUCACCUGGCUGAGGGACGGCCGUCCGCUCACCGACCCUGAGGUGGUGCAGCGCUCGACAGACCGAUUCAGCAGCAGCCUGUCCAUCGAGAGGGUGGCCGUCCGACACGCAGGGAACUACACCUGCCGCGCAGAGAACGCGGCGCGCGCCUCCACCUUCACAGCCGAGCUCAGAGUCAACGUCCCGCCGCGCUGGCUUCUGGAGCCCUCCGACUUGGCCGUACAACUGGGUGCCGCCGCGCUGCUGCACUGCUCAGCCGAGGGCUCUCCGCCACCGCACAUCACCUGGACGAAGGCAGACGCAGACGGUGGACAGAGACCUGUCGUCUCCGUCUCGGGGGUCGUAGUCCACCCAAACGGCUCGUUGGCCAUAUCAGCCGCCACACGGGAUCAUAUUGGUCUCUACACGUGCCAGGCGAGAAACGGCGUGGGACCUCCGCUCACCGCCCGGCCGCAGCUCACAGUCUAUGCUGCGCCGUCGUUUGCCGAGCUGGGUGGCGUCGAACGGUACAGGGAGGGUCAGAACGUGACCUUGACCUGUGACCCCGAGGGAGAUGAGCCGCUCUCGCUGCAGUGGUUCAGGGAAGGUCAGCCCGUCCAGGACAGCUUCAGGCUGGUAAUACGGCCUUGGAAGGACGCUGCGAACGGCUCCCACUGCAGCUUAGUGCUGCUGAGAGCAGUACCCACCGACUCUGGCCAGUACAGCUGCCGGGCCACCAACGGCAGGGGCACAGCCACGCGCACCGUCCACCUCGAGAUCGAAGAUACUCCGCUGCCGCCGAGCCGGGUACGGCUGGUGGAGGUUCUGAGCAGGUCCCUGACGGUGGAGUGGCACCAGCCGGCCAAGGUCAGCAGGCACCUCACCGGCUACCGUCUCCAGUACAAAACGGCAGCAGGAGACUGGGACACGGCGGUGACGGCCGUGCUCUCGGGCCGCCGGGUCCGCCUCUCCGGUCUCCAGCCGGACACGGAAUAUGUCCUCCGUCCGCUGGCCGUCACUGAGCUGGGAGCCGGACCGCCCGGCCGACCCCUGCACGUGCGCACAGAGCCCGCCGCGCCGUCCCAGCCGCCCGCCGAGCUCAGCCUGGUGCCCCUGUCCGCCACCGAGGUCAAGGUCACCUGGAGACCGCCGCCGGUCGGGUCACACCACGGACGGCUGACCGGCUACCGGGUCACCUGGGAGAGAGCCAACACGUCUGACGGAGCGCCGGCGGCCGAGGCAGGCUCGGAGCUCAACACCAGCGCCCUGUCGGUGUCGCUGGUCUCACUGCAGCCGUUCUCAGUAUACCGGGUCCGAGUAUCUGCCUGUAACGAGCGCGGCUGCGGGCCCGCCGCCCCGGCCGGACUGGUGAGGACCCUGGAGGAUGUACCGACGGCGGCACCCGGCCGACUGAGGUGUCAGUCGCUGGGACCGCGACGGCUGGCCCUCAGCUGGGCGCCGCCGCCGGCCGAACAGACCAACGGCAAUCUGCGCGGAUACAAGGUCAAAACGGAGGCGACCCAGGAGAGAGACGGUGAGCUGUUUUACUCGGAGCUGGACGUGGUGGAGGCGGCGGUGACCGUCUCCGACCUCAGUCCCCACGUCAACCACUCGCUGAGGGUGGCGGGGGUGACAGGGGUGGGGGCCGGCGUGUUCAGCGAGCCCGUCUACUGCGCCACCAGACAGGACGUGCCAUCGGAGCCUGCCGCCGUCUCUGUGGCUGUCCAGUCGGAGCAGAGUGCCCUGAUCAGCUGGUUACCGCCGGAACAUCCGAACGGAGAGCUUACAUCCUACAGCGUCUACAUCAGGACGGUGUCGCCGACGGCGGCGGCCUCGGAGGAGCGGGUCGGGGUGCCCGCCUCCCGCACCCUGUACCCUCUGUCGGGCCUCAGCCGGAGCGGCGACUACGCCGUCCGAGUGACCGGUCACACCGCCGCCGGCGAGGGGCGGCCGUCGCGACCGGUACCGUUCACCACCGCACUCGGCGACGCAGUUCCCGUUCAGUUGGUCUCUCUGAGUCGCCCAGUCGCUGUGGAUGAGGACAGCGCUCUCAGCCUACCCUGUCAGUUUGUCGGAGAGCCCACACCUACUGCAACCUGGGAGCGUGACGGACAGCCCCUGGAUGACCCCAGGUUCAGCCGUCGGCCGGACGGGUCGCUGCGGUUAGACCACGUGACCCGGGCAGACGACGGCAACUACACGUGUCGCGUGACCAACGGGCAGAGCAGCGGAGCCGUCACCUACGCUGUCACCGUGCUCGGAGUGCCACCGGCUCCGUCCCUGCUGGUGAGCGGCGUCACCUCGGACUCUGUGGCCGUCCGCUGGUCCUCGGGAGACCCCCACGGCCUGGUCAUCAGGGGCUACCGGCUGCAGUACUGGCCCGCCGGACACGAGCGGCGAAUGGAGGUCGGACUCGAGCGCUUCGUCCGCGAGUACACGCUGGCGGGACUGACGUGUGGGACUGAGUACCAGCUGCAGCUGAGGGCCUUCAACAGACUGGGUGCCAGUGAGCCGAGCUCGACGGCCCGAGCGCGCACAGCCGGCCGCCCGCCAGCCCUGGCCGACAAAACGCGUCUGGUGGCCGUAAACGGCACAGCGGCCGUGGUGCGCCUGGCCCUGUGGACGGCCGCCGACUGCCCCGUCCGACGGUUCGUCAUCGGAUGGACCCCCGCGGACGGCGAGCACACCAUGAGUGUCGAGCUGCCCGGUGACACCCGGCAGCACGUCAUCCGCCGCCUGCUGCCCGCCACCGAGUACGUCAUCAACGUGACGGCCGUCAGCCCGGCGGGCGCCGCGUCACUCACGUCACGGCUGGUGACGCCCGCCGCCGUCGACGUCGGCGCUUCCUCCGGGCCGGCGGACCUGGCCCCGGCGCCGGCCCCGUUCGGUCUGCGCGUCGUGGUGCCGGUGAUUGCCUCCCUGCUCAGCCUCCUGAUGAUCGUCUCCGCCGCCUACCUCUGCGUCAGAAAACGCCGUCGGAAGGUGCCUCUCUACCUACCAGAGCCACCUGACUACUCCCAGGCUGCCAAGGGGGUCGAGCCUCCGUCGCUGCCGCCGCCGCCGUCACUGGCGCCACCUCCCGGUGACCUGCUCAAACAGGAAGAGCUGUGUCCGUACGCCACGCUGUACCGGCCGGCCGAGUCGGCAGUGGACGGCCACGGGUUCACCGCCGUCCACUGCGGCUCACUGCCGACUGCCCUGGCCUCUGACCUGACCGGUCAACUGGAGCCGCUGUACGCGGACCCCCGGCAGAGGCUACAGUCGCUGCCGGGCGCCGGAGCUCACCAG